CAAUGCUGUCUUGGCCGGAUGCUGGAGCUAGGGAGGCAUGACAUGACGGAUCCCAAAGCCAGAGAGGGCUGAGCGGUGUCCCCAGGUUUCAUGCAUUACCGACCGGGAUUUCAGCCUUCGCCACGUGGAAGACGAAGAUCAAGCAGGGGUCGUAACCAGGAUGGUUGCCGGGGUCGAAUGCACCUUGGGAUUGAAUUGACUGCUUGGCAAAGCCCUGUGCCGCAGAGAUACAGUGGGGACUGUGGAAGAUAUCGAGAGCUGGCCAGCAUUUCUAAAAGGCACCUAUCAAGAAGCACCGAGUUGACUCAGAGGCCGGGGCAAAGAAUGGCCGACCGAGACUGGAGAACGCCAUUCAUUGCCUGCAUGUGCUCACCGAAUUUGGACUUGCGCCACCAACAAACGGACCCCGACUACCUCGGGGACGGCCGGCAUGAGAUCGUUGGCCAGCAGCAUCAUCACGCCUGGGAUACCACAUGGGCAUGUAUGUCAAGACUGCCCGCAUUAGCCGCCAACUUAUAUACAGCAACCCUGUCCUCGUCUUGCUUCGCCCUCCACUGAUAUCUCACCGGUCUGAUUGCGUUGACGAUCAGAGAUGCAGCUGAUAUGCAGUAAAAGGCGGUGAAGUGGCGACGUGUAAGAUUGCAGUCGCACGUCACCAAGACCUGGUUGACAGGAAGGCUCCCACCU